AUGAAAAAAGCAUGCACUGCUCAUGUACUUCAAUUAACUAUAAAUAAAGCACUUGGAACAAUCAAACCAUAUGUCAAAAGAUUUAAAAAAUUGAUUAAAUUUUUCACAUCAUCUCCAAAACAAACUGAAAGAAAUGUGGCAGCUGUUAAAACAAGAUGGAAUGCAUCUUAUAAUUCAUGGAUUAGAUUAUUGAAGUUGCAAAAGUCAAUUGAAUGGUUGGCAAAUACUUUAGCUUAUGAACCUGGAAAAGAUUCUAAAUCUGAUGCUCAUAGGCUUAAAUAUUUAUUAUUGAAGAAUUAUAAAUGGGGAAUUACUAGAAAAAAUUUUGUCACUUCUUAA